UAGAAUAGAACAAAACGAAAAUUCUUCAUUCUUGAUAAAAAUCACUUGCUAAUCGUUUUGUGUGCAAUGCGUAGUGACUUCAAGGAUAAUCACCAGGAGACCAUAAAUAAAAUGAUACAGUUUGGUACCGUUAAAUAUGGCAUUGUCAAACAGCUGAAGGAUCGCGCCAGAAGCGCAGAGAAAGACAUAGCAAGUGAUCAGGAAGAUAAUGGCGCCUGCUCGCCUUUGACAACCGCGACGGCUAGCGCCAGCGCUGGCAACAGCCCGUGUCCCAGCCGCAGUCCACAGCAGCACAGCGAGGACGAAAGGGAGCCGGAACAAGUGUCGGAAAAGGAAUUGGUACUAGAAGAGAGUGCCCAGUCCGAAUCAGAGAUUGGUAAAGAAAUAGAAAAUAAUGCCGAAGAGACAAUCGCGGAUCACAAUCAUAAUAACAACAACAACAACAAAUUGGUCAUGACAAAGCCACCAGUCGAGCACGAGGUCGAGCAGAACGCGAAUUUGAACGCUUCUAUGCCGAAUUCACCCACAGCCGCGACUUCGUCAAUGGAGGAGGCGACUUCCCAGGCUAAAUCCCCUAAAAAGGAAUUGGACGUGGAUGUUGAAAUGCAGGAUGAGGGAACACCGCGUGGCAAGAACUCGACUACGCCACCAGUUACCAAUGCAGUGAUUGCUGGCGCAGCAGCACAGCAAUUUGGCGCCACACCUGUCACCCUGGAAGCCAUACAAAACAUGCAGAUGGCCAUUGCACAGUUUGCGGCUAAGACAAUUGCGAAUGGCGCAUCUGGAACGGACAAUGAGGCAGCCAUGAAGCAGCUGGCCUUCUUGCAGCAAACGCUCUUCAAUUUGCAACAGCAGCAGCUUUUCCAGAUUCAGCUUAUUCAGCAAUUACAAUCGCAGCUGGCUCUUAACCAGGUUAAGCAAAAUGAAGACGAAGCCGACGAGGAACUCGAGCCGGAGGAACGCGAGGAUGGCGAAACAGAUACCUACGAAGAGGAGGAGCGCAUCGCAGACAUGGAGCUGCGACAAAAGGCCGAGGCACGCAUGGCCGAGUCCAAGGCGCGUCAGCACCUUAUAAAUGCUGGUGUGCCUUUACGCGAGCGCUCCAGAUCCAUCUCACCAGCAGCCACAUCGCUUUCGACCUCAUCGCUAAAGCGCAAACGCGAAGAAGAUGCCAGUACCAAGUCGUCUGGCGCAAGUGCUAAGAUUUUCGGUGAGCAGGAGAGCUCACAGGACGCCCUGAAUAAGCUUAAAGAGAUGGAGAAUAUGCCGCUGCCCUUUGGUGCGGAUUUGUCGUCUAGCAUCAUUACCAAUCAUGACGAUUUACCAGAGCCUAAUUCCUUAGAUUUGCUGCAAAAGCGCACCCAGGAGGUGCUCGAUUCUGCCUCCCAAGGAAUCUUGGCCAAUAACAUGGCCGAUGAUUUCGCUUUUGGUGACAAGUCCAGCGACGGUAAGGGUCGCAAUGAGCCCUUCUUUAAACACCGCUGCAGAUACUGCGGAAAGGUAUUUGGCUCUGACUCUGCCCUACAAAUUCAUAUACGGUCCCAUACGGGUGAGCGACCCUUUAAAUGUAACGUCUGCGGGAGCCGAUUUACCACUAAAGGCAACCUUAAGGUGCAUUUUCAGAGGCAUGCACAAAAGUUCCCGCAUGUGCCCAUGAAUGCAACGCCUAUACCAGAGCACAUGGAUAAGUUUCAUCCACCGCUGCUGGAUCAAAUGUCUCCCGACAGUUCUCCAACGCAGUCACCAGCCCCAGCGACUGGUCUGCCGCCGCCAUCAACGUCUACUCUAACACAGAUGCAGCCGUCGAUGUCCUUUGCCUCGAGUCCAGCGUUCCCUGGACUGCAGGGCAUGUACCGCCCACCCAUGGAGCUGCUUAAGUCACUAGGUGCUACUGCAGGCAGUACCGCCGGCUUGCCGCAUCCCUUCUUCCCACAGAUGCCGGGGUUGGGUGCGGCACUGAAGCACACGCACGAUCAGAGUCAGGACAUGCCCACGGAUUUGCGCAAGUCCUCGGGUCCCAGCUCCCCCCACGAGGAGGAAGACAACAUUAUAGCGGCUAGGUUGCCUGUUAAAUCAGAGCUAAUGGAAGAGGAAAAGACGGAGCACACGAUGGAAGCAGCGACAGCUGAAAGCGCCGAAAUGGAGCCAUUGCCGCUUGAGGUGCGGAUUAAGGAGGAGCGCGUCGAUGAAGAUCAGAUGCAUAUGCAGGAGAGUAUGCAAAAGCCGGAGGCGCCUAACCGGCGUACGCCUACGCCCUCAUCCUCAACAGUGCCUCAUACGCCACCACUCAUGCAGCGGCAAAAUCACCACGUUCACUCCCACUCCAGUGUUAUGCCCGCCUAUCCGCCUGUGGUGCAGCCUAUACAACCACCAGCAAUCAUGCAUGCGCAGUGCUCACCUGGAUCGCAGACCCAUCUGGAUCAGUUGCCGACUCCUGGACAACUCCCGCCCACGAUGCCCCAACGAGAAGACUUCUUUGCUGAGCGCUUCCCCCUUAAUUUCACUUCAAAGACGGACGAUCAUUCGCCGAUACGUUCGCCCGCUGGCCAUGCGCAUGCUCACAUUCCGCGUUCACCCUUCUUCAAUCCAAUCAAACAUGAGAUGGCUGCCUUGCUGCCGCGUCCUCAUAGCAAUGACAACUCGUGGGAGAAUUUUAUUGAGGUGUCGAACACCUCGGAGACAAUGAAGCUCAAAGAGCUUAUGAAGAACAAGAAGAUCAGCGAUCCUAAUCAGUGCGUUGUCUGCGAUCGCGUCCUCUCCUGCAAGAGCGCUCUUCAAAUGCACUACCGUACUCACACGGGCGAGCGACCUUUUAAGUGUCGAAUUUGUGGCCGAGCCUUCACGACCAAAGGCAAUCUGAAAACCCACAUGGCUGUGCACAAGAUUCGACCGCCCAUGCGUAACUUUCAUCAGUGUCCGGUUUGCCACAAGAAGUACUCCAACGCGCUUGUGCUGCAACAGCACAUACGUCUGCACACGGGGGAGCCAACCGACCUGACACCCGAGCAAAUACAGGCCGCCGAAAUACGUGAUCCGCCGCCUUCAAUGAUGCCUGGCCACUUUAUCAAUCCUUUCGCAGCGGCUGCCUUUCACUUUGGUGCCAUGCCUGGCGGCGGUGCUGGUGGUCCGCCUGGAGCAUCUGGCAUGCCCGGUGGUCCACACAAUGGCACUUUGGGCUCGGAGUCAUCGCAGGGCGACCUGGAUGAUAAUAUGGACUGUGGCGAUGGAGAUGACUUCGAUGAUAUUUCCUCGGAGCAUUUGUCAAAUAGUAAUGAUCCUGCGGGCGAUGAGCGACCGCGUUCUAGUGAUGAUUUUAAGUCGCUCCUGUUUGAGCAGAAGCUGCGUAUUGAUCCAACUGGUGUAGUCAACAUUAACAGUCAUCAGCGUCCGCACUCUGCCGCCAGCAAUCCCAAUUCGAUUGGUUCCGCUUCGGCCUCACCCUCGGCUCCAACCAGCCCAAGCUCGCAGCCCAAGCCCAGCUGCUCACCCGUUCGAUCCGUGUCAGAGACUUCACAGGGAGCUCUCGACUUGACGCCACGCGCUCUUGCACCGCCGCUGGCAUCCUCAAGCUCGCGUUCACCGCUGCCGCCACCUAUUGAGCGUAAGGAGAAGACCAUUAGCCCGCUUAGUCAGCAGACUUCGGUGCGAAGUCCCAAUGGUCCCGCUUCGCUGCUUUCUUCGCAGUUGCCACCCUCAGUGGGCAUUGAUUGCCUUCCUCCUGGACUACAGCAUCAUUUGCAGCAACAGCAUCAGCAUCUUAUGCAGCAACAAGCGGCUGUGGCUGCCGCAGCCGCCGCGCAGCACCAUCAUCAUCAGAUGCAGCAACAUGCGGCUGCACUGCAUCAACAUCAGGAACACCUCCGUCGCGAGGCGCAGGAAGUUCAACAGAAAGCGGCGGUAGCAGCCGCCGCAGCAGCCGCUGCACAACGCCAGGAAUCUCCACAGCCUCCACCUCGGUCCGGCGAAUCGUCAGUCGGUCCGCCAGCCCAGCCCAAUCCGCUGAUUUCUGCGCGACCGCCCUUCGGCAUGUUCCCCAAUCUACCAAUAUUUCCGCCAGCCACCACACAAAAUAUGUGCAAUGCCAUGAACCAAAUCGCGCAAUCCGUGAUGCCAGCGGCACCAUUUAAUCCGUUGGCACUAAGUGGAGUGCGGGGCAGCACCACGUGCGGCAUCUGUUACAAGACAUUCCCCUGUCAUUCGGCGCUUGAGAUUCACUAUAGGAGCCACACCAAAGAACGGCCCUUUAAGUGCAACAUCUGCGAUCGCGGCUUUACAACUAAGGGUAACCUCAAGCAGCAUAUGCUGACACACAAAAUUCGCGACAUGGAGCAAGAGACCUUUAGAAAUCGUGCUGUAAAGUAUAUGAAUGAGUGGAGCGAUGAUCGUGAAUAAGUUAAUUAGUUAUCGAUAGUACGAUCAAGAACAAUCCAAAUAUUAGCCAUUGGCCGUGACAAUAGACUCUCGCAACAAUAUGAUCUCACGCUGUGUUGUGAAGCGCGGGUUAAAGCAAAGAGUGGAUAAUCAAAGACGACUGCAGAGUGUGAACGCUAAAAUAAGUGAACACUAAAUGCAAGAAGGAAGCAAAGAGAACCGAAAAGUGCUCUGAAAUUCUCACAAGGUAGUUCAAGAGAAAAUGUACGAAGCCCCAUAAAAACAGCUUUGCACAUACGCGUAUACAAAAAAAUUGUUUUUAUAAAUUGUUGCCCACAAAAAUAUUUGAUUCUUUUUUUAAGUUGCUAACAAUAAACCCGGGGCAGAAAUUAAGACAGGCAAUGCCUGCUCGCCUGUGAUUUCUUUUCAUGAUUUCUCCAAUGAUUUCUUUCAUAAACAAUUUUUUAUGAUCCAAAAGCUAAAGAAAUCAUUGAAAACCACAACACAAAACUAAACUGGCAUGAAACGUAUCCAAAGAUGCAUCAAAAGCAAUGUUCCAGUCUAACACAGGCCCUAGAAACGCCGCUGGAUUGCUUUGAAAUGAGACUGAUAGCGUUUCAGGCUGACUCCCUAAUGUAUAGUAUGAUAUUCGCCACAAAAAAUCAGAAUCACGAAAAAAUUGAAAUUUAAGUUGACAACAGCUAAAUUGAAGGCGUAGGAAAAUCAAAAUUCGAAUUUAAAGUACAUUUAAGGUAAUGAUAAUCUUAAACUAAAUAAUAUAUAAAUCAUAUAUAGAGUAUAUACAUUUGCAUAAUGUAUAUGAUACCUUAGUCCACAAAUAUUAAAAACUAUAUUUAAAAUGUGCAAUAAUAAUAUGACACGAUAUACAUUUAGUCUGCCUUUUUCUCCUACGUUCGUAAUUUAAAUUUUAAUUUUUAAUCUUUUGUACUUACACGCAAUAAAUCCAGGUAGACAUAAUUCAAAAUCAAUUUGCUUUGCUUCGGUUAAUCUUGAAAAGAAAACAAAUAAAAAAAGAAUAUAUAAAUAAAAAACAUAAAUUGUGAUACUAAAUGUAAAAUUGUUGGCCAACUGGAUAACCAGCCAAAGCCAAGUUGAUGUAAAUUGCUUUCCAUAUCACUUAUAACAACUGGCAAAUAAUGUUAAAUAUUAAACAAAAAAAAAAAAA